GAUACCAGCGACUCGUGGAAAAACGCACGAGGACUCGCCGUACUAGUUGUCCCGCUAUCACGGGUCCUCUCCUAACCUCUCUUUCACGUGGUAGGCCAGGUGGACAAGAUGUUCACCGCUAACGCAAAAAUAAUUAAAAGCGGCGGCGCGGAGCCCGACCCGUUCGAGACGAGCAUCUCCAACGCUCUCCUGGAACUGGAGAUGAACAGCGACCUGAAGUCGCAUUUAAGGGAACUCACCAUCACCAAGGCGAAGGAGCUGGAGACAAACAAUAAGAAGUCGAUCAUCAUAUACGUACCGAUGCCGAAACUCAAGGCUUUCCAAAAGGUCCAGACGAGGUUGGUACGCGAGUUGGAGAAGAAGUUCUCCGGCAAGCACGUAAUGUUCGUCGGCGAACGGAAAAUCUUGCCGAAGCCGACGAGAAAGACGCGUACGAAGAACAAGCAGAAGCGUCCUAGAAGUCGUACGUUGACUUCGGUGUACGACGCUUUGCUGGAGGAUAUUGUCUACCCCGUAGAGAUUGUAGGCAAACGAAUUCGUGUGAAGCUUGACGGCUCGCAAGUUAUCAAAGUUCAUUUGGACAAAAAUGAACAAACGAAUAUUGAGCACAAGGUCGAUACUUUCGCCUCAGUGUACAAACAGCUGACUGGACGAGACGUAACAUUCGAGUUUCCUGAGUCUUAUGUAUGAUUUAUUAAAUAUGAAAACAUUUGAACCAAGGUA